CUUCUCCAUCUGUUUCUUUUCUUCUGUUUCUUUUCUUCUGUAUCUGCAAAUAUGUCUCAGUCCUUUCGGACUGUCUCUGUGAAUACGAAUGGUUUUUCUGAUGUGAUGAAACAUUCCGCUUUUUCUAACAUUGUGUCCACCCACCGUCCACAUGCCUGGUUGAUUGCUGAGACCAAGUCCCGUUCCUCGGUGCGUUCACGCAUCAACGUACGAGACUAUAAGGUAUUCGAAUCUCCUGGCGUUAAAGCUGAUAAAACCACCUCGAAAUGGGGCGUUGCUUUAGGAGUUACUGCUUCGUUGCACUCGCAACUGGUCCCUCUGCCGCCCCAACUGGCUGGAAGAGCUGUAUGCGUUGAUGUCGUUCUUCCCUCUGACAGUGGGGGUGCUCCAAGUCCGCAUGACGCUCUCCAUGACUUUUGGGUCUGCAUUUCUCACUUAUGUGCAUCUGCUCAACACUCUUGGCAAGUUAUAGGUGACUUUAAUGUUACUCUCACAUCCUCAGAGGUUAUGGGUGACGCGACAGGCGACAACUAUGCCCGCACCGCGUACCGUGACUUCCUACAUCAGUCUCGUGGGAUUGAUACAUGGGAGAACCAGAAUGAUAAUGAUGCUCGUCAUGUGUACACCUUCAAUGCCUACAAUGGCACUUGUCGGUCCAUCAUUGACCAUUUGGAUGCAUCCUCAUCUCUAACAUCUGCAUGUUCUCAAGACAGGUCUCCCUACCCGCCUCGCUUCAUAGUCCCCAAACGCCAUGAGUCUUACCGAUUCGAAACGUUUGCAGACCGUGUUGAUUGCCUUGCGCGGGAAGCUCGACUUCAUGAGCAUCCUAUAACAAAUGACUCCGACUAUCAACUUCGAUGGCAGGCUCUAACAGACAUCUUCCUGGCCGCUGGCAACGAGGCUUUUGAUCUCCCCAAUACCUACGACCGCUCGCAUCAGAAGAUAGUAACCCCAACCAUCACUAUCAUUCUUCGCGAGUAUUCUCGCUUGAAUAGGAUGAUUUCCGCCUUGAAAAGACGAUCUCUGCCUCAGUUGUGUGCCCGGAAUCGAUGGACGGGCACCUAUCUUCAGGCCCUUUCUGGUCAUCCCUUCCUUCAUCCAAUUCUGUCCCCUCCAUCACUAUUCUACUCACCUUCUUCUCUUCUGUUUUAUAAAAAGGCUCGCUCUGCUCUCUCCAAGCUUCGAUACAAGGCUGAAAGGGAUGAACGACGUUCGCGCUCCACCAAAGCCGAUAAAAGUCGUCUUAACAGAUGUCUUCUUGGUGGCUCUGCUAAGCGUCUCUAUCCUCCUUCGCAGUUUCAAGGACCUCCACCAGCUAUUUCAAUUCCCGACGACCACAAUCCUAAUGCUCGCAAAUACUUUACCGGUGCCGAUGAUGUUAAGGCUCAAACGAUGGACUACUUUUCUGCAUUGUACUGCAGGAAUGACCGUCCUGACCCACCAAAGCCAUGGAUGGAUUGUCCAUCUGUUCGUUCAAUCAGGGAAAACGUCAGAUGUGAUUCCUUUCAAUGGCCUCAAAAGAUGGACCUGCUUUCUGGCCGCUCUCUGAUUCGUAAAGGUAAUCCCCGACCGGCUCCUGGUCCUGAUCGCUGGGAGAAAUGGAUGGUAAAGAGUCUUCAUGACUUCUCAUUUCAGCUUGUCUUGGAUCUCUGGAACUACUGCAUUGACACCUCUCAUUUCCCUUCUUGUGUUAAGCCCUCUUCUAUUUCCCUCAUUCAUAAACGAGGGGAUGCAACUGAUCUCACUAACUUCCGUGGAAUCUGCACAAGCAACUUAGAUCUGACCUCUUUCCUUGCUCAGCUUGAAACUUGGGCCGACCGCACCAAAACUCCACUAUACAUCGUUCGGCGAGAUCAGAAAAAGGGUUUUGAUCGACUCGAGCCUCAAGGAUUUUACGACGCCAUAAGGGCUUAUGGUUUGCCUUCCUCUAUCAUUGAUUUCGAUAUUUCAGCCCAGAGUGAUGUC